GAUCGCUGUGCAGUUAGUCUUAAACACGACUGCACUCCCGCAGCUUUCUUUCACCUUAAUUACAAAUUCUUACAACAAAAUUCUCACAAACUAUAUGUAAUUUCAUUUCACUGUAGUCACUACUCAACAUCUACAAAAUGACGAGGAUUUUGACAGCUUGCAAAGUGGUGAAGACCCUGAAGACUGGCUUUGGCUUUACCAAUGUGACUGCACGGCAUCAAUGGAAAAUCUCAAAACCUGGCAUCAGGCUCCUCUCUGUCAAGGCCCAGACAGCACACAUUGUCUUGGAAGAUGGAACGAAGAUGAAAGGGUACUCUUUUGGCCAUCCAUCCUCUGUUGCUGGUGAAGUGGUCUUUAAUACUGGUCUGGGAGGAUACCCAGAAGCUAUUACUGAUCCUGCCUACAAGGGACAGAUUCUCACCAUGGUUAAUCCUAUUGUUGGGAAUGGUGGCGGCCCUGACACCUCAGCCCUGGAUGAGCUCGGACUGAAAAAAAAUAUGGAGUCUGAUGGAAUUAAGGUGGCGGGUUUGCUGGUGCUAAGUUACAGCAACGACUACCACCACUGGGGCGCGACCAAGAGCCUAGGGCAGUGGCUGCAGGAAGAAAAGGUUCCUGCAAUUUAUGGAGUAGAUACAAGAAUGCUGACAAAAAUAAUUCGGGAUAAGGGUACCAUGCUUGGGAAGAUUGAAUUUGAAGGUCAACCUGUGGAUUUUGUGGACCCCAACAAGCAGAAUUUGAUUGCUGAAAUUUCAACCAAGGAUGUCAAGGUGUUUGGCAAAGGAAACCCCACCAAAGUGGUAGCUGUGGACUGUGGAAUAAAAAACAAUGUAAUCCGCCUUCUAGUAAAGCGAGGAGCUGAAGUGCAUUUAGUUCCCUGGAAUCACGAUUUCACCAAGAUGGAGUAUGAUGGGCUUUUAAUUGCCGGGGGACCUGGGAACCCAGCCCUUGCACAACCACUAAUUCAGAAUGUCAAAAAGAUUUUGGAAAGUGAUCGCAAGGAGCCAUUGUUUGGAAUCAGUACAGGAAAUUUGAUAACAGGAUUGGCAGCUGGUGCCAAGACCUACAAAAUGCCCAUGGCCAACAGAGGGCAGAAUCAGCCAGUUUUGAAUGUCACAAACAGACAGGCUUUCAUUACUGCUCAGAACCAUGGCUAUGCCUUGGAAAACGCCCUCCCUGCUGGCUGGAAACCACUUUUUGUGAAUGUCAACGAUCAAACAAAUGAGGGGAUCAUGCACGAGAGCAAGCCUUUCUUUGGGGUACAGUUCCACCCAGAGGUCAGCCCAGGUCCAACAGACACUGAGUACCUGUUUGAUUCCUUUUUCUCACUGAUAAAAAAAGGAAAAGGAACCACCGUUACAUCAGUUCUACCAAAGCCAGCACUAGUUGCAUCUCGAAUUGAGGUUUCCAAAGUCCUUAUCCUAGGAUCAGGAGGUCUGUCCAUUGGUCAGGCAGGUGAAUUUGAUUACUCAGGAUCUCAAGCUGUAAAAGCCAUGAAGGAAGAAAAUGUCAAAACUGUCCUGAUGAACCCAAACAUUGCAUCGGUGCAGACCAACGAGGUGGGUCUGAAGCAAGCAGAUGCUGUCUACUUCCUCCCCAUCACCCCUCAGUUUGUCACGGAAGUCAUCAAGGCAGAACGGCCAGAUGGGCUGAUCCUAGGCAUGGGAGGCCAGACAGCCCUCAACUGCGGAGUGGAACUAUUCAAGAGAGGUGUGCUCAAGGAGUAUAACGUGAAAGUCCUGGGGACUUCAGUUGAAUCCAUUAUGUUCACAGAAGAUAGGCAACUGUUCUCAGACAAACUAAAUGAGAUUAAUGAAAAGAUUGCCCCAAGCUUUGCUGUAGAAUCGAUUGAGGAUGCACUGAAGGCUGCAGACACCAUUGGCUACCCAGUGAUGAUUCGUUCUGCCUACGCCCUGGGUGGGUUAGGUUCAGGCAUCUGUCCUAACAAGGAGACCUUAGUGGAUCUCAGCACAAAGGCCUUUGCAAUGACUAACCAGGUUCUAGUGGAGAGGUCAGUGACUGGUUGGAAAGAAAUUGAGUAUGAAGUGGUGCGAGAUGCUGAUGACAAUUGUGUAACUGUCUGCAACAUGGAAAAUGUUGAUGCCAUGGGUGUUCACACAGGUGAUUCCGUUGUUGUGGCGCCUGCCCAGACCCUGUCCAAUGCAGAGUUCCAGAUGUUGAGACGCACUUCGAUCAAUGUGGUCCGCCACUUGGGCAUCGUGGGUGAAUGCAACAUUCAGUUUGCCCUUCAUCCUACCACCAUGGAAUACUGUAUCAUUGAAGUAAAUGCCAGACUCUCCCGAAGCUCCGCCCUGGCCUCCAAGGCCACUGGCUACCCACUGGCAUUCAUUGCUGCAAAGAUUGCACUGGGAAUCCCACUUCCAGAAAUUAAGAAUGUUGUAUCAGGGAAGACAUCAGCCUGCUUUGAACCCAGCUUGGACUACAUGGUUACCAAGGUUCCUCGCUGGGAUCUUGAUCGUUUUCAUGGAACAACCACCCGAAUUGGUAGCUCAAUGAAAAGUGUGGGAGAGGUGAUGGGGAUUGGUCGCACUUUUGAAGAGAGUUUCCAGAAGGCAUUGCGUAUGUGCCACCCGUCUAUUGAUGGGUUCACCGCCCGCCUCCCAAUGAACAAAGAAUGGCCGUCUAACCUCGACAUCAAAAAAGAGCUGUCUGAACCCUCCAGUACUCGCAUCUAUGCCCUUGCUAAGGCCUUGGAGGAUAACAUGUCCCUGGAUGAGAUUAUGAAGCUCUCCUCCAUUGACAAGUGGUUUUUGUAUAAGAUGCGUGACAUCAUAAACAUGGAAAACACCCUGAAAGGACUUAAAAGUGACUCCAUUUCAGAAGAAACCCUGAAAAAAGCAAAGGAGAUUGGGUUCUCUGACAAGAAGAUUUCAAAAUGUCUUGGGUUGACUGAGGCCCAAACAAGAGAACUGAGGUUAAAGAAAAACAUCCACCCUUGGGUUAAACAGAUUGAUACACUGGCUGCAGAAUAUCCAUCAGUUACAAACUACCUCUACGUUACCUACAAUGGUCAGGAGCAUGACAUCAGUUUUGAUGACCAUGGGAUGAUGGUGCUGGGUUGCGGUCCAUAUCACAUUGGCAGCAGUGUGGAGUUUGAUUGGUGUGCUGUGUCCAGUAUCCGCACACUGACUCAACUUGGCAAGAAGACAGUGGUGGUGAAUUGCAACCCUGAGACCGUGAGCACAGACUUUGAUGAGUGUGACAAACUGUACUUUGAAGAGUUGUCUUUGGAGAGAAUCCUAGACAUCUACCAUCAGGAGGCAUGCAGUGGCUGCAUCAUUUCAGUAGGGGGCCAGAUUCCAAACAACCUGGCAGUCCCUCUCCACAAGAAUGGUGUCAAGAUCAUGGGCACCAGCCCUAUGCAGAUCGACAGGGCUGAGGAUCGCUCCAUCUUCUCAGCCAUCUUGGAUGAGAUAAACGUGGCUCAGGCACCAUGGAAAGCAGUUAACACUUUGAAUGAAGCAUUGGAAUUUGCGAAGUCUGUGGGCUACCCCUGCUUGUUGAGACCUUCCUAUGUCUUGAGUGGUUCUGCUAUGAAUGUGGUUUACUCUGAGGAUGAGAUGAAAAAAUUCCUGGAGGAGGCCACUAGAGUCUCUCAGGAACACCCAGUGGUGCUGACGAAAUUUAUUGAGGGUGCCCGGGAAGUAGAAAUGGAUGCUGUUGGCAAGGAGGGAAGAGUGAUCUCUCAUGCAAUCUCUGAACAUGUGGAAGAUGCUGGAGUCCACUCGGGAGAUGCUACUCUGAUGUUGCCCACACAAACCAUCAGCCAGGGAGCCCUUGAAAAGGUGAAGGACGCUACCCGAAAGAUUGCAAAGGCUUUUGCCAUCUCUGGUCCAUUCAACGUCCAGUUCCUUGUCAGAGGAAAUGAAGUCUUGGUGAUUGAGUGUAACCUCAGAGCUUCUCGGUCCUUCCCAUUUGUUUCCAAGACUCUUGGGGUAGACUUCAUUGAUGUGGCCACCAGAGUAAUGAUUGGAGAGAAGAUUGAUGAGAAACCUCUCCCAACCCUGGAGCAUCCGAUUAUUCCUGCUGAUUAUGUUGCAAUUAAGGCCCCCAUGUUUUCUUGGCCCCGGUUGAGGGAUGCUGACCCCAUUCUGAGAUGUGAGAUGACUUCCACUGGAGAGGUGGCUUGCUUCGGUGAAGGCAUCCAUUCAGCUUUCCUAAAGGCAAUGCUUUCCACAGGAUUUAAGAUACCCCAGAAAGGCAUCCUGAUUGGAAUCCAGCAAUCAUUCCGUCCAAGAUUCCUUGGUGUGGCUGAACAGUUACACAAUGAAGGUUUCAAGCUCUUUGCCACGGAAGCCACAUCAGACUGGCUCAAUGCCAACAACGUCCCUGCCACCCCAGUGGCAUGGCCGUCUCAGGAAGGAAAGAAUCCCAGCCUCUCCUCCAUCAGAAAAUUGAUUAGAGAUGGCAGCAUUGACAUGGUGAUUAACCUCCCCAAUAGCAACACUAAGUUUGUCCAUGAUAAUUAUGUGAUUCGGAGGACAGCUGUUGAUAGUGGAAUUGCUCUCCUCACUAACUUCCAGGUGACCAAACUUUUUGCUGAAGCUGUGCAGAAAUCUCGCCAUGUGGACUCCAAGAGUCUUUUCCACUACAGGAAAUACAGUGCCGGAAAAGCUGUAUAG